AUGGCGCCGUCGGAGGACGGUGAGAGCGGCCGGCCGCUGGCCUCCUGCUGGCCGCCGCUGCAGCGGCACGAGGACACGUGCCGGUUCGUGCUGCUGAUGCCGCUGCUGCUGCUCUACCUGCUGGCCGGCGCCGCGCUCUUCCACGCCGUGGAGCACGGGCCCGAGCGGGCGGCGCAGCGCCGGUUCCGCGCCGAGUUUGACGCGCUGCGCCACAACGUGACGGGUCUGUCGGGCGGCGAGGCGCUGCUGGCCAUGGAGCGUCUGCUGCAGCUGCAGCGGGCCGCCGACCGGCGCGGCCUGCUCUCCGGCCGGCCCCAGUGGGACCUGGCCGGCAGCUUCCACUUCUGCUGCACCGUCGUCUCCACCAUCGGCUGGGGCUGGACGGCGCCCCACACACUCACAGGCCGCCUCCUGCUCAUCGCCUACGGACUGUUCGGCUGCGCCGGCGGCAUCCUCUUCUUCAACCUGUUCCUGGAGCGCUUCAUCACGCUGCUGUCGUUCGUGAUGCGCGCGUUCCACGGGCGACGCUCGGCGCAACAGGUGAUGCCUCUGGAGCCGUCGCGGCCGCCCAGUGCUGCCUCCGACGCCAGCAGUCGCGCCCACCGCUGGAAGCCGGCCGUGGCCUGGGUGCUGCUCUACCUGCUCGGCUGCACCGCGCUCGUGCUCCAGCUGGCGGCGCUCUUCUACGCGCGCGGCGAGCGCUGGGACUACGUCAAGGCCACCUACUUCAGCUUCGUGUCGUUCGCCACCAUCGGGUUCGGCGACGUGGUGGCCGGCACCCAGACUAAGACCGGCUGGUACAGCGCCGCCAACUUCCUGCUCACGGUCGCCGGCGUCUGCUGCAUGUACUCGCUCUUCAACAUCGUCUCCAUCGUCAUCAAGCAGGCGCUGCACUGGCUGAUCCGGCGUCUGGACGCGCUGUGCGCGCUGCCCGCGGCCCCUGCGGCCAAGGAGAGCUCGCCGGCGGCCGGCGGCUCGCUGGUGGUGCGCGGCACGCCGCGACUCUCCCCGCAGCUGGCCAACACGCCGCGCGCCGGACUCGAGCUCAACGACGAGCGCCAGCGCCGCAACAGCAUGCUCGACAACAUCACCUACAACCGAGAGCUGCUGCAGGCCAACAAGGUUUCGCUGGCGGUGAUGCAGAACCGGCUGUGCGAGAGCGUCCACCAGUCGCGCUCCAACUCGGCGCUGGCCGCCAGCCGCUACCAGGAGAUGGAGCACGGCCGGGUCAGCUUCGGGUCGCUCGGCUCGGUGGCCAUCGUCAGCAGGAAACUGGAGGGCGACGACUGAGCGGUAGGAGGCCGACAGCUGAGCGGCUGGAGGCCGACAGCUGAGCGGCAGGAGGCAGACGAACAGGGGACCGGCGACUGCGCGGUUGGACUGAGCGGUAGGACGUCGGGGGCGACGAGCGACCAGCAGAAGACAGAAGGUGACGGCUGAUAGAGGCCGGUAACUGAACGGCACGACCUGAGCGGCAGGACGCAGGGUGCGACGAAUGAGCGGCAGGAGGCCGGCGGCUGAGCGGUAGGGGGCCGGCGACUGAGCGGUAGGGGGCUGACGACUGGGCGGCUGGAAACUGGAGGCAACGACUGACGGCUGAGCGCGCCGCGCCGGCACACUCGCGAUGUGUCCGCUCGGGGUGCCUGGAAGACUGGUCAGAGCCGCCCCGCGCCGGGAGACUCACCGGGCGUGGUCAACGCCCACUGGAGUGGACGACUGUCGAGGCGAUGUGAACGCAUACCGCAUCUAUGAGCGAACAUGUGCUGCUGUGCAGCUGAUAAGUCAUGUGUGGUGUGUACUGUGAAAUGGAGAGCCUGUGCUGAGUUAAGGACCAUUUUUGAUCGACUGUGCGGGGAAGCGUAAGAAGGCAUUCAAAUGUUAUGUGUGAAGCGAAACAUGCAUUACCGGGAAUCACCAUAGCCUGACGAUAUCGGUAGAUGAGGUUAUUCAGACUAGCU